AAAUUACAGAGGAAUAUAAUAUAUAAAUAUAAUAUAAUACAAUGGAAUCCCGUUUGCCAAAACCGACCAGCAUAAAGCGGCCCAUGAUGCCGGUCAAAUCUAUACUGCCCACAGAUCGAAUCAAAGCAGGCGGACAGGGCGGAGCCUUCAGCGCCAACCAAACGUACUGUGGAAACUUGCUGCCGCCGCUCUCCCGGGAUAUUAACAAUUUACAAGAAAUGGAUCGACGCAGGGGUCGCGCUGCCUCGCCGGAGCCUGCUAAGAUAGGCAACCGUGCCAAAUUGAGACGAAGCCGCUCGGCCUGUGACAUCAACGAGAUGCGUCAGAAUAACAAACGCCCAGCAGCACAGCCAACAUUGCCAAGUAUUCCCAGCAAAGUUUCGCGAUUUGGCAACACAAAUAGUACCGCUGCUACGGUCCCAGGACAGCGUGUAGUACGACCAGCCGGAACUGGAACAACUGGAACAACGACAGCCACAGCUUCUUCUGUAACUAAGCGACCGAUGGCAGCACGUCCUUUACCCAGAUCUGCAACAGCUGCUGCCUCCUCUAGGCCCGGAGCGGCGUCGGGAAAUAGCGGCAGUAUUGGGAGUGGUGCGGCUCCAAAGCGGAUAGCACCGUACGACUUCAAGGCACGUUUCCAUGAUCUGCUAGACAAGCACAAGGUGCUCAAGACCAAAUAUGAAAAGCAAGUGGAGGAUAUGGGCGAACUGGAGUCGCUUCCCACCCAACUGGAGGAGACCCAGUCGAAGCUAAUUGAAACUGAGACUUCCCUAAAGAAUGCACAGACGGACAACGAGUGUCUCCAAAGGCAAGUGAAGCAGCAGACCAAGAACAUUGAGACUAUCACUACCUCGCUGGGACGGACAAAAGAGCAGCUCUCUGAAUUGCAGGUGAAUCAUAAGCAAAUAAAAAGUGAACAUGAGAGUCUAACCGCGGAGGUGUUGUGUCUGCGCCAACGCACGGAAGAUCUCCAGCUUAGAAACGAGCAACAAGCGGAAGAACUGGAGACCUGCAAGGAGCAGCUCUUUCAGUCAAACAUGGAACGCAAAGAGCUGCACAACACAGUCAUGGAUCUGCGUGGCAAUAUAAGGGUCUUCUGUCGAAUACGUCCGCCACUGGAGUCCGAGCUGGCCCGCCUUUGUUGCACCUGGACAUACCACGAUGAAGCCACAGUCGAGUUGCAGAGCAUCGAUGGCCAGGCCAAGAACAAAAUGGGCCAGCAGAUCUUCUCAUUCGAUCAGGUGUUCCAUCCCAACUCUUCGCAAACGGACAUUUUUGAGAUGGUUUCGCCGCUCAUUCAAUCCGCGCUAGACGGCUACAACAUAUGCAUAUUUGCCUAUGGCCAGACGGGCAGCGGCAAGACCUAUACCAUGGACGGUGUGCCGGACGAUGUGGGCGUCAUUCCACGCACCGUUGAUCUGCUCUUUGACUCCAUCAAGGGGUAUCGCAACUUGGGCUGGGAGUACGAGAUUAAGGCCACGUUCUUGGAGAUCUAUAACGAAGUGUUGUACGAUCUGCUGAGCAACGAGCAGAAGGACAUGGAAAUUCGCAUGGCAAAGAACAACAGAAACGACAUUUAUGUGUCCAAUAUAACAGAAGAAACCGUGACCGAUCCCCAUCAUCUACGCAAGCUUAUGCUGACAGCCAAAAUGAAUCGCGCCACAGCCUCCACGGCGGGCAAUGAGCGCUCGUCGCGCUCGCAUGCCGUGACCAAGCUUCAACUAAUCGGACGCCAUGCAGAGAAGCAGGAAGUCUCAGUUGGCUCCAUUAAUCUCGUUGACUUGGCCGGCUCUGAAUCGCCAAAGACAAGCAUUCGCAUGACCGAAACAAAAAAUAUCAAUCGCUCUCUCUCCGAGCUGACGAAUGUCAUUCUCGCUCUGCUGCAAAAGCAGGACCACAUUCCAUAUCGCAACUCGAAGCUUACGCAUCUGCUUAUGCCUUCCCUGGGUGGAAAUUCAAAAACGCUUAUGUUUAUCAAUGUUUCCCCAUUCCAGGACUGCUUCCAAGAGUCAGUAAAGUCCCUGCGCUUCGCUGCCUCCGUGAAUUCCUGCAAAAUGUCCAAGGCAAAGCGCAAUCGUUACAUGAACAGCUCCCUGCCAGCACACAAUAGCAGCUCCCUUGGCUCCAGCAGCAUCUGUAAUAGCUUCGAGAAAUAAGCGACACUUACUUUUCUAUUGAUUUCCGAAACAUUGUAUAUUCUCUUCUACACAUGUAUCCAUUUUUCCCAGCUCUUUUCUGUUAUCGCUUAAUAUAUGUGUUUACUUUUAGUGGAAAAUAAACUAAUAAAUUGAUGAACGUA